AUGUUGGAGGAACACUUGGAGCAACUGCGGAAGGUCUUAGCCCGACUACAGGAGCACGAAGUCUAUGUGAAGUUGUCCAAGUAUGCAUUCGCCCAAAAACAUAUUCACUUCCUCGGACAUGUCAUCGAGGAAGGGCGGAUAAAGAUGUACCAACAAAAGAUUCAUGUUGUCACAGAUUGGCCGCCGCCUAAGGAUAUCCACGCCUUGAGGGCAUUCCUUGGCCUGUGCAACUUUUAUCGGAAAUUUGUAAAGGUAUAUUCUCUCAUUGCAUUACCGUUGACAGAACUCCUGAAGAAAGUCACGCCUUGGGAUUGGGGUCCCAAGCAAGUGGAGGCCUUCAACGCAUCGAGAGCGGCUAUGUCUAGUAGCCCCGUCUUGGCCCUUCCUGAUUGGGCCAAGCCAUUCGAAGUAAAUACGGAUGCCUCCGACUAUGCUCUGGACGGAGUCUUGCUAAAGAGGGGUAUCCAGUGGCGUACGAGAGACAGAAGUUGA